CGCUCGCGCUCGGCCAUGGCGGAGGCCUCUGUUGGCCGGCAGAGCCCCAGGGUGGUUCCUUACCCAGCCCGUGGCCUAUGUCCUGGAGAUCCUGCCCUUCAGAGCGCUGCAGUUGUGUCAAUGGGCUCAGCUGAUCAUCGACUGAACCUGGCAGAGAUCCUUUCCCAGAACUACGGUGUGAGGGAAGAAAGGGAGGAAGAUGAUACUCAGGAGAAGCAGAAAUCUUUAGAAGAGCUGGAGAAGAGUUUCAGUGCCUCUCAGAGCAGUGAAAUGCCAUUUGAGGAGCUGCUCGCACUGUAUGGCUAUGAGGCAUCAGAUCCCAUCUCGGAGCAGGACAGUGAGAGCAAUGACAUCACUCCCAACCUCCCUGACAUGACUCUGGACAAGGAACAAAUAGCGAAGGAUUUGCUUUCAGGGGAAGAAGAGGAGGAGACACAAUCUUCAGCUGAUGAUCUGACUCCAUCCGUCACGUCCCACGAUGCAUCGGACUUAUUCCCAAACCAGCCUGGCUCAAACAACUUCCUUGCUGAUGAAGACAAAGAGCCAUGUUCAUCACCAUGUGCUUCCUCCAUGGCUGAGGACUCAGAGGUGGAUUCCAUCCCAUCCAAUGAGUGUAAGAAGGAGAUCAUGGUUGGACCUCAGUACCAGGCCACUGUUCCCAUCCUCCGUUUAAACAGGCACAGGCAAAAAGUGCUUUUUCUGUUAGCCUAUGAGAAUGAAGAUCAGCUGCUUUGGGACCCAAACAUCCUCCCCGAGAGGGAGGUGGAAGAGUUCCUGUACCGCGCCGUGAAGCGGCAGUGGGACGAGCUGUCCAGCACCAGCCUGCCAGAGGGAGAGGUGGUCAAGGACAACGAGCAGGCUUUGUACGAGCUGGUGAAAUGCAACUUCAAUGCAGAAGAGGCACUGCGAAGGUUACGGUUCAACGUGAAGGUUAUCAGAGAUGAGCUUUGUGCCUGGAGCGAGGAAGAAUGUAGAAAUUUUGAACAUGGCUUUAGGGUCCAUGGGAAAAACUUUCACCUUAUCCAAGCAAACAAGGUCCGCACGCGGUCGGUGGGCGAGUGCGUGGAGUAUUACUACAUGUGGAAAAAAUCCGAGCGUUACGACUACUUCACUCAGCAGACUCGUCUAGGAAGGAAGAAGUACGUCCUCCACCCUGGAGCCACGUGCGUGGAAUAUUCUCACACUAAAAUUAGUAAUAUUAACCUCCCAGUGAAGAUUCCUGCUGCAAAGCACCUCCGCUUAACAGACUGCGCUUUCUUCUCCAGAAGGGAUUUCACUGACAAUGACCUGGAUGGGGUUGAGGUGGAAAACACGAGUCGUUCUCGGAGCUCCCCACCAAUUCCCUCUGCAGCUGGCUGCCUGGAUGCUCACUUUGGUCAAGAUCAGAUAGCAAUUGAGAGCACAGAGCCCCUGAGCGUGGAGAGCACGGCCUGCAGCCUGGGCAGCAUCAGCGAGUCAGGGCAGGGCUACGAGUGCAGCACCCCCUCGGAGACCAACUGCUCCUUUGACCCCUCGGAGGAGACGUCCUCGGGCGCCGUCCCUGUGCCCUGCCCACGCCACACUGCCACCCCCUCUGAGCCCGAGCUCUUUGCUUUGCCACCCGCGGCACCAGGACUGCCAGAGAAGCAGGAGACCUUGCAGAACUCUGCUGAGGCAAUAACCAUGGACUUCACUCUCCCUGCAGACAUUAACGAGGGGUUGCCUUUAAUUGCUGGCCCUGUGGAUUUGGACAGAGACCCUGAGGCAGUGGUGGCCCCUGCGCAAGUGUCCUUAUCGGUCACAGAUUUCGGUCUCAUUGGCAUCGGAGAUGUAAAUACCUUCCUAACUGCUCAUCAGGCUUGCCCAGCACCUGUGGCUCGGUCAGAGCCUCUGUCACAGUGAGAGUCUCCAGUCACAAAUUUGUCACAGACCCAGCAAGGACUUGGACCUGACUGAGUGAAAUUCUGGAACUUCCACUGUCCUGCAGGGACAGUUUGGAGCUGUUGGUCGGAAUCCGUCUUUCCAUCCUCCUCGAUCCAAGGCUGC